UUCCCUCUUUACUCUCUUUCUCUCUGCAUUUUCUCUCACUUCUGAUCUGAAUCAUCUGAUCAAGUUCAAAUUCUCGAACGAAUCGAAAAAAAUGGCUGAGACGACGUCGGAUAAAGGGGCCGCGGCAGCUCUCUUCUCUCCAUACAAGAUGGGCAAAUUCAGCCUCUCUCACAGGGUGGUUCUGGCACCAAUGACUAGAUGCAGAGCACUGAAUGAGAUUCCAAAUCAAGCCCUGGUUGAAUACUACACUCAGAGAUCAACCCCCGGCGGAUUCCUCAUCACUGAAGGCACCUUGAUCUCCCCCACAGCAGCUGGGUUUCCACAUUGCCCAGGGAUCUAUACCAAGGAACAAGUGGAGGCAUGGAAGAAAGUGGUUGAUGCUGUUCACGCCAAGGGAACCAUCAUAUUCUGUCAAUUGUGGCAUGUUGGCCGAGCAUCACACCCAGUGUAUCAACCGGAUGGGGCUGCACCGAUCUCAUCUACUAGCAAGCCCAUAUCAAACAGGGGGAGAAUACUCAUGCCAGAUGGAACACAUGUCACCUACCCCAACCCUCGACCGUUGAAAACCUCCGAGAUACCGGAGGUGGUGGGACAUUAUCGUCAGGCCGCUCUAAAUGCUAUUGAAGCUGGUUUUGAUGGCAUUGAGAUCCAUGGGGCUCACGGCUACCUCAUCGACCAAUUCCUGAAGGACGGAAUCAAUGAUCGAAUGGAUGAAUAUGGCGGAUCGCUUUCCAACCGCUGCAAAUUCAUAAUCCAAGUGCUCCAAGCUGUUGUUUCCGCGAUAGGCAUUGAUCGUGUGGGCAUCAGAAUUUCACCCGCUAUCGACCACCUUGACGCCACCGACUCUGACCCUCAAUCCCUAGGGCUCGCGGUCAUUCAAAGGCUCAACAAGCUCCAACUGGACUCGGGCUCAAAGCUUGCCUAUCUCCAUGUGACUCAGCCGCGUUACACGGCUUACGGGCAAACAGAGUCGGGUCGACACGGGAGCGCAGACGAGGAGGCGAGGCUAUUGAGGACGUGGCGAAGGGCGUAUACGGGAACUUUCAUGUGCAGCGGCGGGUUCACUCGGGAACUCGGAAUCGAAGCGGUGGAACAAGGCGAUGCCGAUUUGAUUUCCUAUGGGCGGCUUUUUCUCGCGAAUCCGGAUUUGGUCUUGCGGUUCAAACUCAAUGCUCCCCUCAACCGGUAUGUGAGGGCUACAUUCUAUACUCACGAUCCUGUUGUUGGGUACACAGACUACCCUUUUCUAAACAAAGGAAGCCAGAGCCGCCUCUAAUUUGAUGAUACCAGUAUCUUCAAGAAUAUUGAAUGUAUUGCUUGAGAAGAAAUUUUACUUAUCUAGUAGUUAAUUCCUGCUUUCGAAUUUUCUCGUUGCUUGUACUAAUCUAGACAAUCUUCUAGAAAAUAAAGCAUUGCAUUGAGUUUAUAA